AUGUGGGCCAGCAGUAGCACGGCGAGUGGUUCCUCGGCUUCGGCUGUGCCGCCGGUGGUCGGGCUGACAACGAAUGUUGGGGGCAAGCCGGUGACACGGGUAUUCGGGCAGCCUCUGGACCCCGAGAGCGGCAACGCUCCUGGCGCCCUCCUCAAGCUCAUCCAAUACCUCCAGAAACGAGGCAAGAAUACGCCGGGUUUGUACCGAAAGCCCGUCGAGGAAAUAGCUAAGGAAGUGGAUGCUCUGCGCAAGGGCGUCAUGCUGGAGAAAGACCACCUCCAGGUGGCUUCGUACACUAACAGCCCAUCCACGGCUGCCGAGGUGAUGAGGCAGUUGCUGGCUGCACUGCCAGACCCGCUGCUCACGUGCGAUCUCUACGACAGCUUCUUGAUUGCGCUUAAGCUUGAGGAUCGGCUAGACUAUUGGCGGCUGUUGCUGGCUGCACUCCCUCCCGGUUUCAAGGCCACCACCGAGAAAACGCUCUCGCUACUUCACUUGCUGCACACCCACUCCACCGGGCAGUUUCCUGCCAAUGGCAACUACGCACAAAACCUGGGACCCAUUUUCGCACCCGUUUUCCUCCGGCCGCGCGCGUUGGGUCCUCACAUGGCCCACGAUGCCAAACUAGCAGCAGACGUGACUCAGAAUCUCAUCGAACACAUGCCUUCGCUGUUUGACGCAGAAGAGCACGCCCGUAUUGACACCAAUGAAGUUAGCAACACUACCACACAGCCUGUAUUCCUCCACACCCUCCGCGGGUCCACUGCACCCGCUCAGUAA